AAUUGGAGGAGCGAAACCAAGUGUUAUUAAAGCUUCUUUUGCAAGUAUGUCUUUUAACCCCCACACAAACUUGAGAAACUAGGGUUUAUGAUGGCUUCCUCAGAUUACGAGAUCAUAACCGACCCGUGGAAUCCUAAAUGUGUGAGGGCGUGCUGCAUGUAUUUCCCUGGAAAAGAACUCGAAGAUACGGAGCUUCUGUUGGAGAAGAUUCGAGGGAAACUUGACGAACGGAUUCACAAUCACACACUAGCUGACGACUAUCGUAUCAUUAACGACCAGAUCGUGAAGUCACAGGGCUUUGAUGUUGAUUUCUCCAAGCUGCGUUACCUUUUCAAUUUCCAGCCUGCGUUUCUCGAUGAUAUCGAUACCGAUACCGGCAGAGACUUUUUCGGUAGACUCUCUGUGGAAGCCAUUGAGAUCUACAACAAAACAGAGGGGACUGGUUUUGAGUUCGUUGAGGUUGAGAAAGCAAAUAUUUACUCGAAUAGCGGAGAGGUCUUCUUCAUCACAUUUGUAGCCAAAGAUCCUUGGAACCAGACAAAAGUGUUUCAAGCUAAGAUCAUUCAUGUUUUCUGUAGAGAGAUUGUACACAGCUUCUGCAGGCUUAAACCCCAAUCAACAAGUAACAUGUGUUGAUGAAGAGUCCUUUGCGAAGGAAGCGUCCAUUACAAGAAAAACGAAGAGAAAGCAUGGUAUAACUAACUAGUUAUCUCUUCUUUAUGACAAAAAAAACAUUAUUUCUUUCAAAUUCCUAAGUUACACAUAUAUUUCUAAUCGUCUGGGUGGUCUCUUAUUUCGGUUCAAGGGGUGGGUUGUCUCUUGGUCUCUCUAAUUAUGUUGUGUAAUAACCAUUUCUUUUGUUAUGAGGUUUGAAGAAUAAUUAUGUAAUUUCUGGGGAGGGUUGAAGUUUGAG